AUGUGGCGGCGGGCGGCGGUGGCGGCGGGACGGGGACUCCGGGGGCUGCCGGGGCGGCGGUGGCGGAGCGGGGCGGGCAGCCCCGAGCGCGCCGCCGCCGAGCGGGCCCCGAGGAUCUACACGAGGACGGGAGACUCAGGAUUCUCCAGCACCUUCACCGGGGAGCGGCGGCCCAAGGGCGACCGGAUCUUCGAGGCCCUCGGAGCCACGGACGAGCUGAGCUCGGCCAUCGGGCUGGCUGGUGAGUUUAGCAGUGAAAAGGGCCACACGUUUGUUGAUCAACUUCAUAAAGUCCAGUGCAUGCUGCAGGAUGUGGGCUCCAACCUCGCCACACCACUCUCCUCAGCCAGGGAGGCCCACCGGAAACGAACAUCGUUCAGCGAGAAGCCCGUCCUGGAGCUGGAGCAGUGGAUUGACAGCUACUCAGAGCAGCUGCCUCCCCUCAGAGCCUUCAUCCUGCCCUCGGGGGGCAGGAGCAGUGCUGCUCUCCACUUCUCCCGAGCCGUGUGCCGCAGGGCUGAGAGGUGCGUGGUGCCUUUAGUCCAGGCAGGGGAAGCAGAUCCAAACGUGGCCAAGUAUUUAAACAGGCUCAGUGAUUAUCUCUUUGUCCUGGCACGUUAUGCUGCAAUGAAGGAAGGGAAGGAAGAGAAAAUCUACAUAAAGCCUGAGCCCUAGCUGGGAGCUGGAAUGUUUUUUCCUUGAUCAUGGAAAACUAAAUCCAGUUGACUGCUUUUGUCAAUCAAGGAAGGGAGAGAGAACAAGCCUGGACUGGAAAUGGGAGCUGCCAAGGAUUUCCAUGUGAAAUAACCAGGACCUUGUGGAUAAAUCCUGAUAGGAACAGAAUCACAGAAUAUCCUGAGUUGGAAAUGACCCAAACACACCUGUCCUGUUCCCUGGGCCACACAUCCCACGUGGGGAUGGCUCUGGAGUCACUGCUUCUCCCAGGUGGGAGUUGAGGCGGGAGAAUUCCACGACAUUUUGGAGAUGCCUUCAUUUCCCUGGGCAGCAGCAGGUGCUGUGGGGAGGCUCUGACAGCACUCUGAGGGAUGAUGAAGGGAAAACAAUCAGCUCCUCCUUUGAAGCCCCAGUGCUCGUAUGGAGCAGCAGCUGGAGGCGUUUGGGAAUUGUGUCCGCAGCUCUGAAAUAAUAAAUGUGAAUUUCCUUGUACC